AUGUGGCCCUUCAGCUCAACCGCAUCGACGUCAGCAGCCCAAGACUCUUCUAAUCAAGCCACCUGUCCCGUCGACCAUCGAUCCAAGCCAGGAGACCAAGGGUGUAAUAAAGAAUACCAAGCCGUCCCGAUCGCCGAUUCCAAUCGACUACCGACUGAUAGAGUGAUCUCCUCGAUACCACGCUACCGCCCUGAACUCAAUCAAAAUCGACAAGCAUCAGAAAGCGAUCCUAGUCAGCAAAGUGCAUGCCCGGUCGAUCAUCUUCCGAAUCGGACAGCAGCAACAAGCGGCACGAACUCGGAGCCAGAAGUCGAACAAAACUGGAUCUAUCCCUCCCCGUCGCAAUUCUACAAUGCUCUGAAGCGGAAGAACCGGACUCCGAGGGCGGAGGACAUGUACACCGUCGUCCCGAUCCAUAAUGCGGUCAACGAGAGAGUCUGGCGACAAGUCUUGGAAUGGGAGGCCGGGUAUGGUCGCGGGGCGUUCGAUCGCUGGCCUCGCUCGGGUAAAUCCGGGCCCAUGUUGUGCAGCUUUCGGGGAAGGCCGGAAGACCUGAGCCCUCGAGCAUGGAUCAAAGUUUUGUCGGGGUACCAAGCUCCAUUCGAUCGACAUGAUUGGGAAGUCAUCAGGCCGACAGAGGAAAGGAUGCGAUACGUGGUCGAUUUUUAUCCGGGAAGAGGCGCAGAUAGUAACACGACUACCGGGUCGCCCACCGGAAACGAGCCUGCAGCCCUACCGAAUCUUUCGUUCUAUCUAGACGUCAGACCAGCGCUGGAUAAUUGGGAAGGAGUUCGAAUGAGACUCUUGCGCGCUUGGGACGAGAUCUCUGGCUUCAAGUCCUCCUCCCCUUCUCCCCCUCAAUCUGAUCAAAAAUCCUGA